AUGGAAACCCUCCUUCCAAGCCCUGCAAGUUGGAUGGCUGGCGUCUUUGCCUUUUUGAUCUUCUGCUAUUUGUUAUUUACGAGAGUGAUUAAUCGAACAGGCUCGGGCAUGAAGAGAAAAGCUCCGGAAGUGAGCGGUGGAAGGCCAUUUCUAGGCCACCUCCACCUGUUAGGAGGGUCAAAACCAGCCCACGUCGUUUUGGGUGACUUGGCUGACACAUAUGGACCGAUCUUCACCAUCAGGUUAGGCAUGCACCCAACUCUAGUCGUAAGCAAUUGGGAGAUUGCUAAAGAGUGUUUCACCACCAACGAUAAAGCAUUUGCCAACCGUCCAAGAACUCUAGCUGCAGAGCUCUUGGGCUACAAUUAUGCUAUGUUUGGUUUCAGCCCUUACGGCCCCUACUGGCGCCAAAUUCGCAAGAUAGCGACGCUCGAGGUACUGUCGAACCACCGCCUGGAGAAGCUCAAACAUAUACGAGAAUCCGAGGUUAGGACAUCGAUUAAAGAACUUUACGAGUUAGGGGUUGAGGGCGUAAGCAAUAGUAGUUCAGGAAAGGUGCUUGUGGAGAUGAAGAGAUGGUUUUGGACCUUAAACAUAAACAUGGUUUUCAAGAUGGUUGUAGGGAAGAGAUACUCUGAGGCUGAAACUUCGCACGGGAAAGACGAGAACGAUGGACGCAGAAAAGCCUUGAGGGAUUUCUUUGAACUGACGGGAACGUUCACGGUUGGGGACUCGCUGCCUUUCUUGAGGUGGUUGGAUCUAGGAGGACAUGAGAAGGCCAUGAAGAAGACGGCAAAAGAACUGGACCACAUCCUUGAGGAAUGGUUAGAGGAGCAUAAGCAGAAGAGAAAUUCAGGCAACGCGGAAAGUGAGCAUGACUUCAUGGGCAUGAUGUUGUCGCUUCUUAACGAUGCUGCAGAGCUCCCUAGCUAUGACGCUGAUACAAUCAACAAAGCCACAUGCCUGGCUAUAAUUUUGGGUGGCACAGACACCACGACAGUGACUAUAACAUGGGCUCUAUCCUUACUACUCAACCACCACCAUGUCCUGGAAAAAGCCCAACAUGAAUUGGACACCUACGUUGGUAGAGAAAGGCCGGUGCAAGAAUCGGACGUCAAGAACUUGGUCUACCUCCAAGCCAUCAUCAAGGAAACAACUCGCUUGUACCCAGCUGCCCCACUCUCCGUGAUGCAUGAGUCCGUCGAGGACUGCACCACCGCCGGCUACUUAAUCCCGGCUGGAACACGCCUUCUAGUAAAUCUUUCCAAGCUUCAGCGUGAUCCGAAAGCCUGGUCCAAUCCGGACGAGUUUCGGCCUGAAAGGUUUCUCACAACCCACAAGCAUUUCGAGGUCAGGGGACAAAACUACGAAUUGGUUCCAUUUGGUAGCGGUCGAAGAGUGUGCCCUGGAAUUUCGUUUGCGCUUCAGGUUUUGCAGCUCAACCUUGCUAGUUUGCUACAAGCUUUUGAGAUCACAACCCCGUCGGAUGAGCCAGUCGACAUGGGUGAGGGAGCCGGUUUGACUAAUCUCAAAGCCACGCCACUCGAAGUCAGUCUCACCCCUCGCCUUCCUCCUCAUCUCUAUAAAUAAAUUCACAGCUGUUUUUCUCCAAAUAAUUUUGCUAGUUUACGAGCUGUUGGGCAUAUGAUAUUGCCUCUGCUCCUAGGAAUGAAACACUCUUGAUGUCGAACUUAAAUAGUUAUGCAGAAAUCCAUCGUGAUUACAAGUUUCAACCAGAAA